GAGAAGAGAAGAGAAGAGAAGAGAAGAGAAGAGAAGAGAAGAGAAGAGAAGAGAAGAGAGAAAAAUAAAAACCCCAAAGAAAUCUGUUUCACAGCCUCAGCUCAGAAACUUUAGCCCCUAGUGAGAGAGCCAGUGUCCUUAGCUUUUCUGGGGCUGGGGGGGACAGGAUUCCCACCCCUCCUCCUCCCCCAUCUCUACAGCGCCGGCUUCCAGUUCUGCCUCCCCAGUUCUGCCCGCACAACUUCUGGCGGAGGGGGACGAAGGGAGACUUGGGUCGGAUUUGUUUGUUUUAACUUCCUUACCACCCCCACCCCCACCUCACCCCCCCCUCCCGGUUUCCCAGCUUCUGGACGCGUUUGACUGCAGCCGGGGGUGGGGUGGGGGGUAGGGAGAGUGUGUGGGGGUGGAGGGGGGAGAGGUUUUUUUAAAAAAGGAGAAAGGGAGAGAGAGGAGAAGAAAGAGCUCACAGUGGGGGGAAAAGAGAGAAGACAGGAAGGAUUUCUGAGGACUCCGGACCUGUCCCUGGCGUGCCCAGAAUGGCGGCUCUCCCCGGCACCGUACCGAGAAUGAUGAGACCGGCUCCGGGACAGAACUACCCUCGAACCGGAUUUCCCCUGGAAGUAUCCACCCCACUGGGCCAGGGCCGGGUGAAUCAACUUGGCGGGGUCUUCAUCAACGGCAGGCCCCUACCCAACCACAUUCGUCACAAGAUCGUGGAGAUGGCCCACCACGGCAUCCGACCCUGCGUCAUCUCUCGCCAGCUCCGCGUCUCCCACGGCUGUGUUUCCAAAAUCCUAUGCCGCUACCAGGAGACUGGCUCCAUCCGGCCUGGGGCCAUCGGGGGCAGCAAACCCAGGCAGGUAGCCACUCCAGACGUGGAAAAGAAAAUAGAGGAAUACAAAAGAGAAAACCCCGGGAUGUUCAGCUGGGAAAUCCGGGAUCGGUUGCUCAAGGAUGGACACUGUGACCGGAGCACGGUUCCCUCAGUGAGUUCGAUUAGCCGUGUGCUCAGAAUCAAAUUCGGGAAGAAAGAGGAAGAGGAUGAGUGCGACAAGAAAGAGGAGGACGGGGAGAAGAAGGCGAAACACAGCAUCGACGGCAUCCUGGGCGACAAAGGAAACCGGCUGGAUGAAGGCUCUGACGUGGAGUCUGAACCUGACCUCCCCCUGAAGCGGAAGCAGCGCCGCAGCCGGACCACCUUCACGGCCGAGCAGCUGGAGGAGCUGGAGAAGGCUUUUGAGAGAACCCACUACCCCGAUAUCUACACCCGAGAGGAGCUGGCCCAGAGGACCAAGCUGACAGAGGCCCGGGUCCAAGUGUGGUUCAGUAACCGUAGGGCACGGUGGCGCAAGCAGGCAGGUGCCAAUCAACUUGCAGCAUUCAACCACCUUCUCCCUGGAGGCUUCCCACCCACGGGCAUGCCCACGAUCCCACCAUAUCAACUGCCGGACUCCACCUACCCCAGUACCACCAUUUCCCAAGAUGGAGGAAGCACCGUACACAGGCCCCAGCCCCUCCCACCGUCCACCAUGCACCAGGGGGGUCUUGCCGCAGCUGCCGCUGCCGCAGACACCAGCUCUGCCUAUGGGGCCCGCCACAGCUUCUCCAGCUACUCUGACAGCUUCAUGAACCCGGCGGCCCCCACUAACCACAUGAACGCUGUCAGCAGUGGACUGUCUCCCCAGGUGAUGAGUAUCCUGAGCAACCCAAGCGGGGUUCCCCCACAGCCCCAGGCCGACUUCUCCAUCUCCCCACUGCAUGGGGGUCUGGACACCGCCAACUCCAUCUCAGCCAGCUGCAGCCAGCGCAGUGAUUCUAUCAAGUCCGUGGACAGCCUCCCCACUUCGCAGUCCUACUGCCCCCCCACCUACAGCACCACUGGCUACAGUGUGGACCCUGUGGCUGGCUACCAGUAUGGACAGUAUGGACAGACUGCUGUUGACUAUCUGGCAAAGAAUGUGAGCCUGUCCACACAACGUCGAAUGAAGUUGGGAGAGCACUCAGCUGUGCUGGGGCUCCUGCCUGUAGAAACGGGUCAAGCAUACUAAAGCCCUAGGGCCCCUCUCCCAGAUCCUUGACUCCUGUAUCCCCACUAUCCCUGCCAUCCUGUCCUAUACUUAUCCCUGUGCCUCUCUCACCCCAAGUCCUAAACCAUCCCCCUAGAUCUACUGAUGCAUCAUCUGAGGAAGUGGGACCAAUAAGCUCCGGUCUCUUCCCAUGCCAUCAUUCUCUGGCAAAAAUCUGUGACCGUAGACCAUAAAGACACCAUUUCAGUCCCUCCUCCAGCAUCCCCGCCCCAGUCUCCUGAUGCCAAUCCUAAUCCCAGCUGGAUUACUGGACUGAUUUAACCCCCUGCCUCCAACCUCAACCUUUGCUUUAAGCAAUGGGUAGAACCCAAGCUGAAUUAUGACUUCUAUAAGAAAUCUCUCUCAUUCAAGGCCCUUCUCUUCACUUCAAAUGUAUAGACUUUUUGAAUGCUUCCCCUCACAGAGGAUGCAGCGGGCAAGAUAGUUCCAAAGGGAUAGGAUCCUGGAGCUCUUGGUGUGGUGGAAAGAACACUAGAUUUGGAGUCAGAGGGACACUGCCAUUUCUGAUCUAUGUGACUUAGGUUAAGUGAUUUCUGAUCUCUGAGUCUCAAUUUCAUCAUCUGGAAAGUGAAGAACCAAGACUCGAUGACCUCUAAGGUCCCCUUCUAGUUCCCAAUCCUGUGAACCUUUGGACCCACAUUAGAGUAAGGAGGUCCCCAAGGUGGCACCCUGUCAUAAAGACAGUUUGAUCAGGAGGGCCUUGGGGGUGAAGGGAGAA